AUGCACAAGUCCUACCUGCAACGCAGGAGGGGAGCAGCUAUGAUGGACGGAUUUGAUGUGGAUGAAUGUACAGAGAGUCCUGCAGUGUGUGAUGGUCGAGGUGUGUGUGAGAACACGCUUGGGAGCUACAAGUGUGUUUGUCGACCAGGUUACCGGGGAAACGGCACACACUGCGAAGAUGAAAACGAGUGUGCAUCAGGUGGUCAUGGGUGUGACACCAACGCUCGUUGUGGCAACAUCAUCGGCUCUUAUUUCUGCCAAUGCUACCAGGGCUUCAAUGGAGAUGGACACUCUUGUUUUGACAUUGACGAGUGUGCUCUAAACAACGGCCACUGUCAACACAACUGCUCCAACGAACCAGGAGGGUACAGCUGCCAGUGUGCCUCAGGUUACCAGCUGGACCAGGAUGGACGCAACUGCACAGAUGUGGAUGAGUGUUUGGUACUGAAUGGGACCUGCGAGCACAUUUGCGUCAACACUCAGGGAUCCUUCCAGUGCUCCUGCAGGCCGGGCUACCAGCUGCACAUUGAUGGCCACACCUGCGUGGAUAUUGAUGAAUGCAAACUCCAGAAUGGUGGCUGCUCUCACACCUGCACCAACUCUCCCGGAGGACACACUUGCCACUGCCCUCCUCCUCUGCUGCUCGACACAGACAGCCUCACCUGCAGCAAUGUCACAUCUUGCAGGCUGAGAAAUGGUGGCUGCGACCACAUUUGUAUCGUGAGGGCUGAGGGCCAAGUCCAGUGUACCUGUCAGGCAGGCUGGAAGUUGGGCGAGGAUGGGAGAAGCUGCGUGGAUGUGAACGAGUGUGGGGACUUUACGAACGGAGGCUGUGAGCAGCUCUGCGUGAACCAUCCUGGUGGCUUUAACUGCACCUGCAGGGAGGGGUAUGAAGUACGAACUGAUGACGUCACCAAAUGCAAGCCUGUGUGUGACCCUCCCUGUCAUAACUAUGGAGUGUGUGUGGCCCCAAACAGCUGUGACUGUCCCCCAGGCUACCCUGGACUAGGCUGCUCAGCCAUUUGUUCCCCACCCUGUGCCCAUGGAGGUACAUGUAUGCGCUGGAACAAGUGUCUGUGUCCUCCUGGCUGGACUGGAGCAGGCUGCCACACAGCUGUGUGUGAGCUGCCCUGUGCUAAUGGUGGUCGCUGUGUGGGGCCUGAAACCUGCCAGUGUCCGUCUGACUACACUGGCCCUCAGUGCCUUUUGCCCUUGUGCACUCCUGCCUGCCAAAACGGGGGGAGAUGUGUGGAUGUCAACAAAUGCACAUGUGCUGGUGGAUGGCAAGGAGCUCGUUGCCAGAUAGAGCCGGUUCAGUGCCAUAGACCUUGUAAGAAUGGUGGAGUGUGUGUGGGCCUCAACAGGUGCCGCUGUUCCAAAGGAUUUAUUGGAAAUCUCUGUGAAACAGCGGUGAUCACCCCCUGUGUGCCACCCUGCCAACACGGGGCCACCUGCAGUCCUCACAACACCUGUACCUGUCCGGAGGGCACUGCAGGCCUGCGCUGUGAGAGACUGACGUGCCCUGUGGUCACCACUGUGGUCAGUAUGGCUCGAGCGGUAAGGAAGGCGUUCCGAGAGAGUUACGUUGACCGCUGUGGACCUCUGGGAGUUCAGCUUUGCACUAAAUACAGGAUAAACCAGGCACGUGUGUACCUGCAGGCCUACAGAGUGGGCUACAAGAUCCAGUGUCCACAGAGGAAGGGCAGAUAAGUGAUGUUUUAUAAAUGCUGAACAACAUCACAAGGCAGCACACACUAUCUUAAACAAGAUAGCUGUAAACCAUAAAACUAUACAACAACUAUACUACUAAACUAUAAAACAAAAUGUAGGUUAAGCCUCUGAGCUAAAAUAAAAUGGGGACAUGACUGUAUC